UUUAAUGCCAGAGUGGGACCUGCAUAAGCAAAUACCGCUUGUGCGAUCAUAAUGUCGACUGUUUCGAUGACAGUGACGAAAUGCUCGCAAUAUGCAAACAAAGGAUUAGCUCGAAGGCAGUUGAAUGCUUCACCAAGAGCUGUGCCUUGGUGUCCAAGCAGGGCAUGCGAGUGGCCGAUUACAAGUUCGAUGCCCAGGUGCCAGACCAAAGCAUCGUGGAGGUCACUUGCGAUGACGGAUAUAAGCUCUUAGGCUCCAAUAUCAACAGCUGCGAUAACGGUACCUGGGAAAAUAACUUGAUCUCAUGUGUUCGAUACUGCGAGCCAAGCCCAUAUUCACGCAGCAUCGCGUAUUCCACAAAGUGCAGCGCGGUUGUCGACUGCGAUGAAGGAUCACUCACAGACACGGAAAUGUUGGUAUCCUGCUCGCCAGGCUACGAGUCCGACUCAGCUCGUAAUCAAGUUGGUCGCCACGUCUGCAAUGAGAAUGGCGAGUGGGCUGUCCGGGCUGGCGAGGCGAAUCCCAUUUGUACGCCCAUCUAUGGAGUUAAGCCUGCACAUUAUCCCGAUAUUACGCCUUGAGCCUGUUUCGGCGCACCUCGCCCUUGGAUGCAAUCUAUACUUUUCAUUGUAAUUACGGCCGACGCCUGUUUUUCGGAAGAGGCUGAAGCGAAUUCUUGUCUUUUCGUCAAAGUUGCUGAGGGCGAUCACACAAUCGAAUCUAGUGAGGACGAAGAUCAUGGCUAUGCUCUGCAUAACCUCAUGGACAUACAUAUCGUCACAAGCCGGCACUCUUAUAAGGCAGCCUUAAUACGUGUGAUAGAACCUUUUAUUUUUGGUGCUCGAGUACGACCCAUUUUAUUGUCUCCAUAUACUAAUGACAGGAUACCGUUGGAGCUCAAAGGUGACUUUGAUGACAAUCAGUUGGGAGACGGACAGACAGAAUAUGAGAACUCCAAGCACUAUCUAACGUAUGUUGUGGCCAGCCGAUCGACUAAAUAUAGCGUACAACAUUUUAUCGCGACUUUCACUGAAAAAAAAGCGAGAAGAAUCUUUGAACAUUGAAUUCACUUUAUUAUAUUCUGAUUUAAGAGCUAAAAAUAAAUGUGAAUGUACAUAAACUAAAACACACACACGUCCACUACUUGACAAUUACAUAAGUAUUAUA